AUGGUUGCCACUGAAAGAGGUCUUAAAGUUAUUGGCAUCUCCUUUGCUGGAUAUGUUGCACAUCGCAAUGCAUGCCUGAAGAUUGGAUUGCAAGCAGAAAUUGACAUAUUUUCCUCAUAUAUUCAAAAAAUGAUAGCAGUGGAGUGGAUGAAUCUAGUUACAGAUUCUAAUACUCUAUUGAUCAUUGAUGAUGCUCAUACCAUAUAUCACUUGGAGGAGUUUUGGAUGAGGUUCAAAUUCCAGGCUGUCCAGUCUGGUUUCUGUCAUCAACAACUUUGUGGUCUCCUUGCAACAUCCACAUAUGAGUAUACAGAACUGGUUGCUGAGUUUAAGAAAUAUUCAGAAGGUGAUCAUAAAAAGCUGGUGCUGUCACAGACUUUUACAGAUGCAAUAUGGAGAGCAAUGGGUGGACACACAGGCUUAUGCCAUUUGGCAUUGGAAGAACUUACAAAAGCUUCUAAAGAUUGGGUGGGAGACAUUGAAUCUGAAGCAUUGCAAUUUAUUUCAGAUGGGCAACUUACAAAGCAAUUAGAAAAUUCUCGAGCUUUUGCAAGUGUAUCAUACUUGAAAGAACUUGUCAGCCUGAAUGAUUUACAAAGUAUUCUCCAGGAAGUUAUUCAAAAUGGCCACAUAGCUUUGGAUGCCAUUGACAAUGCUAUAUUAACUUCUCUCUUAAAUAUUGGAAUGUUCAAUGAGAAUGGGUCAUCUCUAUCUUUCAGUUGCCCAGUUGUAGAACAAUUCUAUCGCAAAGAGUAUAUCAGGACUUUUAUUUAUCCCAAUUCAGCACCAUUAUUGUCACCUGAAAUCAAUCAGCAGGGAAUAUCGCAAUUUGUGUUCAAUGUACUGAAAAAACUUGAUGGAAGUUUAUUGAGAUCAACUUACUCUAAGAGUGUGGAUGGGACUUAUAUAGAGAGAAUAUAUCUGAAUGAAUUCUAUUGCAGAGCAUGGAUGGUUAUGCCAGCAAGGUUAAGCUGUGAUGUUGGUACCUACUUUGGUGUGAAAGGGGCAGUUGACUUUUACCUGAAUGGCCAGUUUCAAUGGGCUUUUGAACUCCUUAGUAUUAGGGAUGGAAAGAGACUUAGAGAACAUUCUGAAAGAUUUCAGCCUAACAAAAGAUAUGGUCAAUUAAAGAUGAAGAAUUGGGCA